AUGGAUACCCCAGGCGCGAUUAUCUUUCCCACUGCGUCAUCCCGCGACAAUUACAACUUGAACCAGUUCGUGUCGUUGAAGAAGACGAUGGAAUAUGCAGUCGCUGCAAAAGUUGCUACGCCAGCGAUAAGUGGUAGGAAUAUUUCGCGCGCGAUAUGCUUUUCAUCUAGACGCGCAUUUCACGCGUCCUCCGCUAGACAGAACCCCAUUCUUGAACCACGCUUGGAAGACCACGGUCAUGUUAUCCAUGACAAGUACUCGACGAUUCGAGAAAAAUAUGAUGCCCCCAAGAACCCUGUGGUCCUAGCCCAUGGGCUGCUGGGCUUUGACGAAUUGCGCCUCGCUGGUCCAUAUCUCCCAAGUGUCCAGUAUUGGCGCGGGAUUAAGGAAGCACUAUCCGCUCAAGGGAUUGAAGUAAUUACGGCUAAGGUACCCCCUUCUAGCUCGAUUGAGCAGCGGGCUGAGGAAUUGGCUCGUGAGAUCGAAGUUGGGGCGCGAGGAAAAGAUGUGAAUAUCAUUGCUCAUAGCAUGGGUGGUCUUGAUUCUCGAUAUAUGAUCAGUCGGCUUAAACAGGACAAAUUCAAAGUACUUUCACUGACGACGAUUGCUACUCCUCAUCGAGGUUCCGCCGUCGCAGACUAUAUCUUCGACCAGAUCGGAGGUGGUGUCGAGACAGGGGCCUUUGACCAGCUAACCAGGAAAUACAUGACAGAAACAUUCAACCCGCAUACACCCGACAUGGAAGAUGUUCGAUACUUUUCUUAUGGCGCGGCGGUUAAUCCGAGUAUUUGGUCUGUCUUCCGCCUCUCUCAUAAGAUCCUAGCUGAAGCAGAAGGCCCCAAUGAUGGACUGGUGAGUGUGGCGAGUAGUCAUUGGGGAGGAGAGAAGGGCUACAAAGGAACUCUCGUGGGAGUCAGCCAUUUAGAUCUGAUCAAUUGGAGCAACCGAUUGAAAUGGCUUGUUGGGGAGGUAAUAGGACAACGGCGGAAUUUCAACGCUAUCGCAUUUUAUCUGGAUAUCACAGACAUGUUGGCGAAAGAAGGUCUUUGA